AUGGAGAUGGAGAAUCUUUCGGAGGAGUUCCUUCUCCUCUGGAAGAAGGGGACUCCGGAGCAAGAGCGGGAGGAUGAUAAUCGCGAGCGGGAAGAAGAGCAGAAGAAAAUUAGAGCGCUGUGGAAGCCCUCCGAGAUGAACGUUCAUACGGAGAUCAUGUUACUGAUAAUGCACAAGAAAAUGGCAGAACUCGAGAAAUUAUAUGCCAAGAAACUAGCUCGGAAGAAAGCUGGAGAAAAGGGGUGCAGGCGCACAACGACGGUCCGGGCCAUGAUCUACACAAAUAAACAUGUGCCCCAAUAUGUUUACGAUGGCCGUUCCAAUAGUCUACAGACUUAUUAUAUCAAGAUCGAGGUUGGAACAAGGCCGGCAGACAUCCAGUGGCCACUUCAAGUGUUUGGCGUGGUUGCUGUACGUGAUUCCAUUGACUCAAUGCGCAACAUCAUCUUCUAUCGAGAUAGGGAUGACUGUCAAACCCUCACAGAAGAGGAUCCAUGUUUGGCACUUACUGGCCCUUCUCGCGCUGUUGGGAUGAAUGAGCCUGUGACCAUCGAGGCUGAGUUAAAAGUGAAGGGCGCUGUUAAAUCUAAGGACAGGUACUUCAUACUUGAGGCUAAGGCAGUACCAUUAGAUUGGGGUAGUAGAGAUGUUGAGUUUACUGGUACACGUGGUAGCAGACUGAAGAUUGCACUUGGAGAACUUCAUAAUUGUGUGGAGGCCAUAAUAUUUUUGAGAGUCAUUGGUGGUACAUGGCCGGCUGGUUUGCAGGGUCAUUUUGCUGCCUCUACCGCCGAGUCACCCAACAAGAAAGUCUUACUCAUUGCGUUCGGAGGUGAUGAUGGCGAGUCUAUUAGAGGCGAUGGUAACAUGACGCAUUUGCGCCAUGUUGUUUCCGUUGAAGAUUCGGGAGAGCUUAUAGUAUCCGUCCGAGCUUGGAGAGAUGGUCAGGCAGUGGUUGAUCAGGAGGAGGUGCAGUUCAAGGCAAAGCUUUCAGGUAGAAGCUUUGGUUCACUUAAUGUCUGCUCGUGUCAUGUGGGGGUCCUUGUCGCCUGGUCACGUAUUCGUCCCAUGUGUGAUGAUCUGGUGCCCGAUGUGUCGAGGCGUUUGUGCCAUUCCUGAUAUGAUCGAUGUCCCCUGUCUCUGCUCAUUGGCUCCUCCUAGCUAGCUGGUGAGUAAAACAUAGCUAACGUUAAUUUUGCAAUCUUGAUUUGUAUUGUCAGGCUCCAAUUGCCUUGAGCGUAGUUUGCGGUGCUCCUUUUGAUGUCAGCAAUCUAUGACUGUCUAUAC